AUGGAGUUAAUAAAAAAGAAUAGAUUCUUGUUACGUCCUCGAGCAGCGAAAAAACGGGGUAAUCCGAUUUUCGUUUCUUCGCAACCAACACCUAAAAGCGAAUCUGUACCACUUGAACCCAAACCUUUAACUCGUGUUAAUGAAGUAAUUAUACCAGAACAAAGUUACUCGUCCAUAGAAAUUCCGACUGCAAUAACAAAUAAGCAAAAUAAUACACCAGAAACACCUUCCGAUUUUUCCGAACCAGGUACAUAUCAUCCUCAAUUCAAACGACAACGAACGAAUGAAGAUAUCUUGCAUGAUGAAUAUGACGAGCAAGAAUCUUUUGUUGCGUCUCUUCCUUUAUUUGCAAUCGAGAGACGAUUCGACUUUGGUUUAAAUUGUGACAAUAAUAUUUGUUGCCCCUGUACGAUGGCUGUAACUGGCGAAAUUCAUCCUAAAAAAAUUUCGCUAUCAGUUGCCAACCCUUCUUCAGAUAUUGGUAGUGGACGUUAUGGUGGAAUGUCGCUCGAUGAGACAUUCAAUAACAAAUGGAGACUUGGAAAUAUCUCUCAAGAAACCUCUUCUGAAGUUGCAAACUCGUCGUCCGAUAUGAGACCAUGCGAAGAUGAAUUGCGAGUCGAGCAAUCUAGUAAUGUCGCCGAGAAUGAUGAAAGACGCGAGAGAGAAAAAAGAGCUUGCAGGUCGGUCUUCGAUCUUGUGCGUUUGAUGGAGCUAAGUCGUGUCGGCUUGGCGAAGCCUCCGAAGAAUCCAGUCAAUCAUGUUCAACUUAUAGAAGAAAUCCGAAAAUGUACGGCGAAUUUGCGUAAUAAACCAUUCUCGAAUGAUGAAAACGCUGCACAAACCUCACUCGCUUUCGAAACGUUUCCCGCAAUAAAUCAAGAAGCUAUUACCGUUGAAGAUUUCGAACCGACUUCAAUUGAAGAUUCGUGUUCCACUGUAGAAUAUAACGAAGAAGCUUCUUCUGUAGAUACCACUUUUGAAGAAGUUGACAGUACUUCUCUAGUGCGUAAAGACAACGUUAAUGAUACCUCUUAUGAGCGGCCUAUAUUAAAGAGGAGAGUAAAGCAACCCAAUUCCUGGCAAGACAUCAAUGAAAAAUCAAGAGAAAAAGAAAGUGUGUCUUUUAAAGAUAGAUUGAAUCCUAUAGCAGCAGCUGAAUACGACAAAAUGGAUGUCAUAGAGCUUGACAUAUAUGAUGAAUUACCAAAUCAAUUGAGGUCUGAUGUGCCUAAAGAAUUUACUCGUCGUUGGUCCACCCAAGACACAGAAAAAUUUUAUAAAUGCAUUGCGCUUUUAGGGUUGGACUUUGGUAGAAUUGCGACGGUGAUGAGAAGAACACAAAAACAAAUCACGAACAAAUUUAAGACCGAACAAAAGAAAAAUAAUAAACGCCUCCACAACGCAUUGAUUCGACAAGGAGAAUUCUUCGAAUAUAGAAAAAAAUAUAGAUUUUAA